AUGUCGCCUAAGCGGCGGCGAUGCGCCGUGGUCCUCCCGGACCACCUCAUCGAGGAAAUCCUCCUGCGAUUGCCGGCCAACCUCCGCAGCGGCCCCAGGAUCUUCGCCUUCGGCGUCCAGGACAUCUGGCGGCAACACGCCCAGGAACCUAGCAACGUCCUCCCGCCGCUCACGACCGCCCCACGCGUCAUCAAACUCGACAGAUUCAGGCGCCUCGUCGCAUCUCUGCCGCCGACAACGGAAGAAGAAGAAGACCAAGGAAAGCCGCCGGGCCACGUCAACGCGUCGGUCGCCACGGCGCAGUGCCGCGGGCUCGUCGUGCUGCGAGCCUUUGCAGACGGGACCGUGUCCAGCCCCGACAUGUACUACGUCUGCAACCCGUCCACGGGCCGGAUGGCGGCUCUCCCGAAGGGCCGGACGACGGGCUUCCGCGGCUCUAGGGAAAGGUACCACAGCCUUGGGCUCGGCUAUGACGCCCGGAACAGGAAACACAAAGUCGUGCACAUCUGCUACCGCGGGCCACGGUCCGCUGGCUGCAAAGUCUACGUGGUAAACGGGCCCGCGGGGUCGUGGCGGCCCGUCGAAAUCGGUGGGAAGCCGAUGGGCUGGAACAGGAUAGAUCCGGGUGCUAACAGUGUCUUCGCACAAGGGCAUGUGUACUGGCUAGCCUACCGGGAGCUCUAUCCUCGACGACAAGGGAUGUUCCUCGUGUCCUCUCUCCGAGAUGACAAGCUUGGGAUCAUAAGCGUAGAGCCACUGUUGCCGUUCGGCAUGGACAACCAGCGGACUUUUCUUGAGUUGAUAGAACUUGGUGGACGACUUUGCCUCUUCGACCCCUGCUUCACGCACUCCGAUGGACCGCAUUACGACAUCUGGCAGCUGAAUAAACAUGGGUCUGGACUAGCUACAUGGGAUCUGCACUACCGAAUCGACCUAGCAAAGGUACCAUUAGAGGUCAUGCGAUUCGGGGCCAGCCCGCUCGCAGAAACUGACGCCCCAGACCAGAUAUACUCAUACGACUCUGUCACCAACAAUAUUGAGGAACUCCUUGACUGA